AUGCUUACACAAACAUUCAACUUCCGUUUCUUUCAAACCGUUUCACAUGUGACCAUUCCUGCCAAGAGUCUCAUGAAGGCACCAGUAUCUUCAACUCAUUCAAAUGGAUUACUCCAAAGACCGGCCAAGAUCAUGCUGCCAGCCCUGAAAGAACGUGUGAAGUUCUCGGAAACAACCGCUGACGAGCCUCAGCAAACCCGCGAGAACAACUUUCCCUGUCUUCACGUUUGGGCUCUCUUUCCCAGUUCCUUGCUCUUACGGAUACUCUCGGGCACCAACGCAACACUCAACUCAAAUCGUGGACGGCCACCGUAG